AUGGGGAAAAGAAGGCAAAACAAACAGCUUUUUACAAGUCUUUCUAAAAAACAGAAGAAACACCUAAAAGAGUUUGGAGAAGAGCAUCCAUUUCACGACGUAGUCAAUGACAAAUCUGAAAGGACACAAAUAGUGCAAAUGGCACCAAGCCCAGAACAGUCUGAUGCUGAGCUGGAUGACUUGGAGGAGGAGGAGCCAGAGCACAAAACAGCCUAUCAGAAACUUCUUUGUACUCUGAGUCAACACAACCAAGAUGACCAAAGUGAAGAGAGCAGCGAUGAAGAGGAGGAUCUUGCAGAUGAAGAUAACACUGUCGGUGUGGAUGAAGAUGAUGGCGUUGAAGAGGAAGGGGAGGCGGAGAAGGAAGAACCUGGAGAUAGCGGUGUUGCGCUUACUCAAUCGUUUGAAGGCGAGGGGGAGGAAGUAGGAGGUGAAGAAUUCAUUGACAAGGAGUACGAGUCCCAAUUCUGCCUGGAGACCAACUCGAUUGGUGAAAAAGGGCAAGAAGACGUUGAGGAUGUUACUCAACAAGACAAAGAUAUGUUUUUCCAGCAUUUGGGCACGGAACUCAGUGAAGAUGACGUGCAAAAGAUUACAUCAGGCAGCAAAGCAAAGGCUCAGAUUACGUGGCCAAAACUUGGCUCACUUCUUUGCAUAACACCCUUGGAGAGAUUUGGCGCCAUCCACUCCCACAAAGACACUGAACUCCCAGCUUUCCACAAACUCUUGGAAGGGAAUUACAAGAAAAUAAACAAUUGUGGAAAGUCUAAGGAUGGAGCAGAGGAGACGAGUCCUCUGCAGUUGGAGCUGUUGGCUCUCAUGGGAACGUACAAAGACUUUUACUACUCCGAAACCUGCCCCUUGAGGGUGGGCCCGCAGGUUCGAAGCGCUUACUGCCUCCAUGUCCUCAACCAUGUGCUGAAAGCUAACUCCAGGGUCUUAGCUCACAAUGCCCAACUUAAAGAGAAUCAUCAGCGCAUUAAGAGUGGAGACAUGAAGCAAGCAUCUCUCGAUGAACCAAGAGACCAAGGUCUGACACGGCCCAAGGUCCUGAUUCUCGUGCCGUUCCGUGGCGGAGUACUACUUAUCGUCCAAACUCUUAUAAGCUUGUUGGAGAGCAAAGGCAAGAAGGUGGUAGUCAGCAACAAGAAGCGCUUUAAAGAGGAGUUUGGACAGGCUUCUGAUGACAAUCUAGCCAAUCUGCGGAGACCGGAUGACUACCACGCCACUUUCUCUGGAAACGUGGAUGAUCACUUCAGAAUAGGUCUCUCCAUUAUCAAGAGCAACAUGCGCCUCUACUCCCCCUUCUACUCAUCAGACAUCAUCAUUGCCUCUCCACUGGGCCUUCGUACAGUACUGGGAGCCGAAGGAGAGCAUAAAAGAGACUUUGACUUCCUUUCCUCUAUUGAGAUGCUUGUAGUGGACCAGGCUGAUGUAUUCCUCAUGCAGAACUGGGAACAUGUCCUGCAUGUGAUGAAACACAUGAACCUGCAGCCACUGGAGUCACAUGGAGUGGACUUUUCCAGGGUGCGAAUGUGGAAUCUCAACAACUGGGCCAGACAUUACCGACAAACACUUGUGUUCAGUUCCAUCCAGGACCCUCAGAUCAACAAUAUCCUCACCAAACAGUGUUCCAACUACCGCGGACAGAUUUCAGUUAAGAACAUUCCAAAAACAGGGUCCAUAUGCCAGGUUCUUGUCCAGCUGCCUCAUGUCUUCCAGAUGUUCUCUUCUGAUAGUUUCAUGAAUCAUGAUGCACGGUUUCAGUUCUUUGUUGAUAAAGUGUUGCCUCAGUACAAAGACUCCGUCAUGUCGCACACGCUGAUCUACAUUCCUUCGUACUUCGACUAUGUCCGACUUCGCAACCACAUGAAGAAAGAAGAGAUGAGCUUUGCAAGCGUGUGCGAGUAUUCCAGCAAAUCGGAGGUGUCUCGAGCGAGGCACUUCUUCCUGAAAGGCGAUAAACAGUUUAUGCUAUUUACAGAACGCUUCCACUUCUACAAGAGGUACACUAUCAAAGGGAUUCAGAAUCUGAUCUUUUACGGCCUUCCCGCCUUCCCGCACUUCUACAGUGAGCUGUGUAACAUGCUUACGGCGGGGGCACAGGGGGAGGAAGCCAGUUGGACAUGCACAGCCCUGUACUCCCGCUUUGAUGCACAAAAACUGGCUGCCAUUACCGGUGCACAACGAGCUGGACAAAUGCUUCACUCCAACAAGAACCUCCAUCUUUUUGUUACAGGAGGGGAAGAUAAAUCCUGA